UAUCCAUAAUAUAGGGGGGGGGGGGUUGGGUUAGAUCGCGUAAAAAUGUCAACGUGUCGUUAAACCCGCCACCACCCGAAACAGCCAAUUAGUAAGGUUUGUCACGUAAACAGAACAUGGCAAUUCGUUACUAGUACAGCAACACCGGUGUGUUGGAGAGCAAAUUAACAACAUUUACAAUCUGAGUACGACAUUUCGCCAGUAAUUACUGAAGUAAUACAUAAGUAAACUAUAACAUUCUCAUCACUUUAUCUCUCAUCACAUUCUCUCUCAUCACUUUCUUUCUCUCGAUGCAGUCGUGUAGCGGUACAGAUGCGAUUCGCGGAUAUCCACGAAUAACGAGGGAACAUUGUAUGGUAAAAAACAAUAUUCCGGUGACCUCUUGGCACUUCGCUGCUCCUGACGCGGUUGUCCGGCUUGACCACCUGAAUGUGAAUUCGUAGUCGUUGCUCUCUGCAUCUACAUCAGCAGCCAUACAGAAGAAGAAGCCUUCCUGGCAGAAACUCUUCCUCAACUGGCGACGUGACGCUGGGAGGAGACCUCUCGUGGACGUUCUGCUCCGCGGUGUUUGCCGGCUUUGGCUGAGAGCUGCUGCUGCUGCUGUCCGCGCAGGGACUGGGGAGCGAUGGACGGUUCGGCGAUGUGCGCCGAGACCUCUGCUCUUCCCCUGACUCGGGACAGUCUUAAUAAGGCUAUUAAAGUGGAAAAGGAAGAGUUCCUGGAGAGUGAUGCUUCUUCGGCCAAGACCAGCUUCAUCCCUUUCCUGACCGGUUAUAGGAUUAAAACCGAAGUUUGCGAUGAUGGAGAAGACUUGGAGAAAAAUGUAGAUUUCGUCAUCGAAUUCGUGACCUCAUUGGCCCACGAGGCACGAGAGACCUCACAUGCUCCCAAAGCCGGCACGUCAAAGUUGCUGCAGCGUGGAGCAUCUGACGCGGUGAAACGUGAAAAAGCAGAUGUCGGUUCCAGCACUCGCCGCAUGUCUCUAGCAUGCACAGUGGGAAGAUCGAUUUGGAUGAGUGCCGUGCGCCAGAAUGCGGUGCGGCAAAGGAAAUGUAACUUGGCGCUCAAAGAGAUUGGACUGCGCUGCGCCAAACCGUACAGCGUGAAGCUCACCAGGGAUGUCUUUAAGAAGCAUAAAGCGCUAGGCAAGAGAGCUUAUCACUGCGAACGGUGCGGACGAGGCUUUUUACAAAACGGUGCCUUUAAGCGCCAUCGACGUAUGCACACGAAAGGAAAUCUGUAUGGCUGUGACUUUAAUGAGCGCAUGUUCAGGAUCUACGGGAGUCUGAGUUACUAUUGGAAAAGAGACAAGGGCGGAAUGUGGUAUCUUUGCAAGGGCUACGGCAAAGCCUACUUGCGCACAAACCAGCUGGGAUAUCACCAGGGUACACAGAGCAGUGAGAAAUCAUUUGGGACUUUUAAGCAGUCAAAAUCCUCGCUUUUCACCCAACUUAAGAACGAGCAGCGAAUACACAGAGGGGAGAAUUGCCACCGCUGCGAAAAGUGUGGUGAAACGUUCUCAAAAGUCACAAAACUUAACGGCCAUCAGUGCAUACACAGGCAAGAAACGCCCCAUUGCUGCAAGGUGUGUAACAAAGUAUUCUCGCUUGCCAAGCAUCUGAACAAUCAUCAGCACAUACACAUGAGAGAUAAGCCUUUUAUUUGCAAAGAGUGUGGAAAAGCCUUCUCACAAGUAACCCAGCUCAAUAAUCACUGGCGCAUUCACACUGGGGAGAAACCCUUUCACUGCAAGAUGUGUGACAAAGCCUUUUCGCAGGUCACCAAUCUUAACAAUCACUAUCGCACGCACACGGGGGAAAAGCCCUACCGGUGCCAGAUAUGCGGAAAAGCCUUCACACAAGUGACAAAUCUGAACAAUCACUACCGCACACACACAGGAGAAAAACCUUUUCGAUGCAAGAUGUGUGACAAGGCCUUUUCGCAGGUUGCUAAUCUUAACAGUCACCAGCGCAUACACCACCCAAAGUAGUAGCCUUUUCAGAGAAAGAUGUGCUACAUUGCUUUUUCCACACCGUAGUAAUGUUAAGUGUUCACAGCAUUAGAAUUACCGUGUUAUAAUUCUCCAAAAAUUAUUUGCUGUAAACUUAACACUUUUUGUGCUGUGACUGAAAAUUAAAAUUGCUUAGCAUACUGACAUGUUGACAGCAUUUGGGGGAAAUUGAGUUUGUAACCAAGUGGUACCCCAGAAGUCAGAGGGCUAAGCUGGCCUCGCUGAGUUUCUGGAUUCUCAAGAUUCUCAAGUGUAUCGAUUUCAUGGUCUCAACAUAGAGACUAAUGACUAGGUGCCACGGUGGCGAGAUAUUAACUACCUUGCCUGUUGUACAGGAGAUCGUGGUUUCGAUCCCGACCUUGACGCCUGUGGAUUUUAAUCCGGGUCCUCUGGGUUUUCCCUCCAAGUUUAGAAACAUGCAUUUUAAGUAUUUGUCUGCUAUAAAUACCCACUUGAUAAGCCACUUAGUUGAGCUAUUAUUUGUGGCCAGGCCGUUUCUGAAAAAAAGAGCUAUUAUAGCUCAAUGGGCCUUGUUUGAUAAAAUAAAAAAUAGAUAGGUUUAGACUGCACACACACCCCCAGCACCUCUGAUGAGCACGCUUGGCUACGUACGGUGCGAAAGCAGGUUAACAUACAUACACCAUCACAUUACGUUUGGUUCUGCACGUAAUGUGACUCAAACUCUAGCUCUGAGAAGGAACACAUCCUGUGUGUAAUCGUUUUAGCCCAGCCCAGGGGUAAAGCGAUGCCCACAUCCGUGAUCUGUUCUCGAACAUCAAUCGUUGCAACUGCUUUGCUUGAGAUGCGAAUUCUGUGGAAAUGCUUCACACUCUUUUCAGGUAACAGCGUUACAUUUGCAUGAAUCGUAAAUCAGAACCGGUUAAUCCGUGUGUGUAUGUUUAACAUGUGUCGCACCGUACGAAGCCAACCGUGCUUAUAGUUAAAUGCAUCAAGCAGUGGUUAUUAACCUUUACUCCAGCCUUCACUCCUUCGCUUCUCAAUCGUAAAAAAACAAUUACAAUGUGAAUAAGUACCUAGGUUUGAUGAAACUAAGUAGUUGUACUUACGUGCCCGUGAUUAAUUUGCGUCUUUGAUGAUUUACUUUCUAAAAAGAUCUGGCCAUGACUCACACCCCCAGAAAAGGCCAUGUCGCACCCCAUGGGGUGCCUACAUCCCAGGUUAAGAACCGCUGGCCUAGAAAUAACCUUAAAAAACACAUUUGCACAAACAUUUGCAUUCCUAGCAUGUACUGUAUAUAUAUAUGUGUGCUUUGGCUUAAAAAAAAUAUCUUCCCAUUUUGUAGCUUAUCCAGGUUAACGGCGGAGGAGGUGGCCUAUGUGUUCUAAUAUUUUUUUUUCCAGCGCGGUUAAUACACAACCCAGAUAUUUGAGUUCACUCUAUGAACCUUAUGGCGGGACCCCGGGGUCCCGAAUAAACGAAAGUCAAAAUCGUAAUUAAUCAAUGGAUUUUUGGCGACUCCGUCCCACCGCCCAACAUAAACGCCGCGACCCACCUGGCGCGGAUCAUUCUGUUAUGUCAUGUCGUGUCCAAGCAGCAGCAGCAGCGAGGACGAAUGCGCACAAGAGCUGAACAAGCGAAUGCACUCAAUGCUCGGGUAUGGGCAGGAUCACAAGUCUUAUCCAAAGCUUCUCAAACUUAAGUCCUUUAUUUGUCAUCACGGUAUGCAUAAUACAGUGAAACUGCUCUCUUACCUUUAUUAUUUGUGACCUACCAAUGUCUCCAGCCAGGAUCAAUCGAUGACAAUCCUCUUACCUGCAGAUAUUUAACAGAUGAGAUGCGUUGCACCGUGAAUUCCUCCUGUUUGAUAAUACUUCUCUUGUCCGUAUGCAUUUGUGCAGAUAGGUUUUUUUGCGGUUAAGCUAUAGUCCCCAUAUACCGCUCGUAUCAAUGCGGAUAAGAGGAGUGGCGACCUACUACUCUGUAGAGUAACAUUGGUAUAAACGCUUGUUACAAUAUGAACAGCGCAUUGAAAACACGUACUAUUGUACGUAUUUUUACAAAGUGUGUUCACAUAUCCACACUGAGAAACACGAUGAUUGACAGAGGGGUGUAAAUUAUUUUUUCAAUAGUGUUUUUAACUAGAGGUACUGCAGGUAAGUAGUUUUCAGUUUUAAGGGCAUAGUUUAACAAUACAACAUUUGCCACCAUCCUUCAAACCCAUUGGUGAAAAAGAGCAACGUUUUUGUUUACAUUUUAAUGUUUUAUGCGAGAUCCGGGGGCUUAUGGGUUUUCGGGGUCCCGCCAUAAGGUUCCUAUAUACCCGUGUUACGUAUUGUGCAUUUACCAGGACAGUGUCUGUGUUUAUUUGAGAGGUUUGUUUUCAUACUCUUUGGUUCUUUCGGUAAAGUCACGUAGGUAUAAAAUACAUUAAAUCACGACGUUUCGAUUGCAACACAAGCAAUCAUCAGGUGGGAAAACCACACAAGAAAAUGUUUUGCUGUGAGCUGAUGGACAAACCCUCUUGGCUGCAUUUUGGGAAUAAGCAGGCAACAGCUUUCAUAUUCUUUGGGUCUUUACCGAAAUAACCAAAGAGUAUGGAUCCCUGCAGUCACGAAAACUUCAAAUAUAGAUUUGUUUUCGUUUAGUAAAAGCAUUAAUCUAAAUAUACUUUCCUCUAUAAUAUUCACAAUGCGAUAGGAUGUUAAUUUUCGGGAUGUGACGAAUAUUGUGAUAACAGUUGUCGCAUUUUCACAAUUGUAUGAUUUAUUUUAAUGUGCUGUACUUCCAGUAUAAAUAAAUAUUACUUAAAAGUGCCUGAGCUGCUGUUCUCUGAACAUUCACUUUCCAUAAAUCCUUGCAACUUUACAACCUACAAUGCUCACAACUACGAAAAUAACGAGGUAAUAUAAUCACCAUGGUGUGAAUUACUUCGGAUAACAAUUUGCAAAUCACUCAUCUAAAGUGAACUAUUUGUUCAU